AUGCUCGCUUCAAUUAGAUCUGUUGCUGGCCGCCGUGCGCCUGCUGCUACCAUGUGCAAGCGCUUCAACUCUACCACUACAGCAGACGGCCUCGUUAAGACCCCUUUUUACGACCUCCACCUCGAGCUUGGAGCCACCAUUGUCCCCUAUGCAGGCUAUGCCAUGCCUGUUCUCUAUAAGGGCCAGAGCCACAUUGAGUCCCACAACUGGGUUCGCUCAAAGGCCGGCAUUUUUGACGUCUCACACAUGCUUCAGCACAAGUUUUCAGGUCCCGGUACCACCGAAUUUCUUGAGAAAAUCACUCCAAGCGACCUCAAGGCCCUUGCUCCCUUCUCAUCGACACUCUCUGUUAUUCUUAACAAGAAUGGUGGUGUUGUCGAUGAUACUAUCAUCACUAAGCAUGGAGAAGACGAUUUUUACGUCGUCACAAACGCCGGCUGCCGUGACCGCGACCUGGCCUUCAUUGCCGAACAACUCACUGAGUUUGGCAAGGGCAAUGUCCAACGCUCCACCAUUGAAGGUGGUCUGCUCGCUUUCCAGGGUCCUCAAGCUGCUGAGGUGUUGCAGAAGAUGACACGCUACGAUCUCAACACUCUUAAGUUUGGCCACUCUGCGUUCGUGCCCAUUCUUGGACUUGGCGAGUUCCACGUUGCUCGUGGUGGAUACACUGGUGAAGAUGGCUUUGAGAUUUCCAUUCCGGAUGUUGCUGCUGCCAACGAAAUUGCACGCGCUCUGUUGGAGGCUCAAGACUAUGUGCGCGCCAUUGGUUUGGCUGCUCGUGACUCGCUGCGAUUGGAGGCCGGUAUGUGCCUUUACGGCCACGAGCUGAGCGAGGAGAUUACUCCUGUUGAUGCUGGAUUGACAUGGGUCGUUGGCAAGUCGCGCCGCACCCCAGAGACUGCGACGUUUAACGGUGCCGAGACUGUGUUGGCUCAGAUUGCGGAUAAGACUAAGGUCCCACGCGUUCGCCGAGGCAUCACUUCGACGGGCCCUGCUGCUCGUGAGAAUAUGGAUGUGUACACUUCUGACAGUAAGGACAUUGCUUCGGGUACCAAGAUUGGCGUUGUGUCUUCAGGAAGCUUUUCGCCUACAACCAAGCAAAACAUUGGUAUGGCGUAUGUGCCGCGUGCAUACAUGAAGGUGGGCACCGAUAUUAAGAUUAAUGUGCGGGGGAAGCUGCGACCUGGCAAGAUUGCCAAGCUGCCAUUUGUGGAGCCCAAGUAUUUCCGUUAG